AUGUCCGAGACGGCUUUUCGUCCUGCGCUCCUCAUCGUGGACGUCCAAGAGGACUUCUGCCCACCCAACGGUGCGCUCGCUGUGCCCGACGGGCGGGCGGUCGUCCCCGUUAUCAACGACCUCCUCGCGCUCCCCUUCGUCCUCAAGAUCGCGACGAAGGACCACCACCCGCCGAACCACAUCAGCUUCGCGUCGAACCACGGGCCGGACGCGCAGCCGUACACGUCCUUCGCCACGGUCACGAACCCCACGAACGCGCGCGAGACGUACCAGACGCGCCUGUGGCCGGACCACUGCGUCGCGGGCACGCCGGGGAACGCGCUCGUGCGCGAGCUCGCUGCGGACAGGCUCGACGGCGUCAUUCUCAAGGGCAUGGACCCGCGCGUCGAGAUGUACUCCGCGUUCCGCAGCCCGCUGCGCGACCCGCCGCUCGUGUCGGCGGUGAGCUCGCUCGCGGCGCUGUUGAGGGACCGGCAGGUGACGGAGGUGUUCGUGACGGGCUUGGCGGGGGACUAUUGCGUGUUCCAUAGUGCGCUGGACUGUGCGGAGGACGGGUGGAAGACGUAUGUCGUUGAGGAGGCGACGAGGAGCGUCGGGGGCCAGGAGGGAUGGGAGAAGGCUGUGGAAGAGUUGAAGGCUAAGGGAGUGGGGAUUGUGCACGCUGAUGGAGAGGAGGUCGGGCGCGUGCGCGAGCUAUCAAGCAGCGCGUGA